AUGAAGAGCGGCGUUCCAUUAAAUGUGGCCACUUCCUUGCUCUUCUUCGGCCUUUUUCUUCUAUUUGGCAACAUUUUCACGAGUGAGUCGACAGAUCAAACAUGGCAGAUCAAUCAUUACGGCUCUUUAAGCCAAUUCAAAGCUCUUUCAGGAACCACUGGCAUUGGCAUUUCAGAGAGCUCUGAGUUAGUCACAAUUGACUUGAGCAAGCAAUCAAUUUUGAGCUCAAUAGAUUUGGGGACUACGGAUUCCGAUUCGUAUGCCUUGCUAGACUUUGUCUUGGUGACAUAUUCCACAGCAUCUUCCACAUUUUACGUGUACGAGAAAUACUCAGGCAUUUUUCUUGAAAAAGUGAAGCUUGAUUCUCCUCCUUUACACUUUGGUCAAUUUUUCAAUUAUGGUGUUCUUGUUCUCGACUCUAGGGGUAUUUUGACUGCCUGGACGAGUGAACUUAAGAAGGAAAUUGGGAAGUUCGAUGUUUCUUCCUUCAAAACUGCCGCAAUUGAUGGAUUGGUUUAUGUCUCGUUGGGCCUGAAUGUGCUUUGCUUAGAUAACCUGGGCAAGGUUAUCAGCACUGAUGUGAAACUCAACUCCGACAUUAUUGACCUCGAGUUUGGAGUGGCUCUCACCAAAAGCGAGGUUCUAAAAUUCGACGCACCGGAGGCUGAAUCCGAUUCAUUAACAUCUAAAACGAUAAAGGCUUCACUCAAAAACCCCAAGGUUCUCUCGAGAAACAUCGUGGGAGAAUUCGAAUCCGAAAGGUUCACUCUAUAUGAGAUAAGCGAGGGUAAGGAACUCAAGCGGGUAACUCAGCAUGCGGCUCGUCAUGCCAUCAGUAUAACUCCUGUGCUCGAUGCUGGCAAGGUCUUUGUUGUCGCUCAAGUUCCCAAUGGUUUUGAAAUCCAUGACUUCACCAAAUUCGUCUCAACUCUUGAAGUCAAUGACAUUAUAAGUUACGAAAGGGUAUCUUCUUCUGAGCACGAUGACAUAAAUGUCUUUUUGUCUCCUCAAUCCGAUAGAUUGGCGAUUGUUUCACGUUCUUCAGAUGAAGUCCACGUGUUUUGGGCUCUGGCUUCGACUGAUGACUUGCAGACGUACACCUAUCCGCUCAAAGAGAGUUUGCCAAGAUCCAAGUCCAUCUUAAUCGAUAGCCCAAGGUCAAUUUCCCAGAUCGAGAAGUCUCACUACUUGGCGGAAGAAUCUCAUAGAGACAGCCCAAGCUUAAGAAUGCUCGCCAAAAUGAAGCAUCAUUUGGCACUGCUUGGCAAAGUUUUCUUCAGUGUCUUGAAGGGCAACCUCGACAUUGCAACAGCAAAGGAGGAUACGUAUGGCUUUCAAAAGCUUCUUAUUACAUUUGAUGACCGUACGAAGGUCCUCACAGCCAGAAACAGUCAGUCAGCUAAAAUCGCAUGGCAAACCAUCUUGAAAAUGGGUGACAGUUUGAUUGGUUUGGAAUCUAUCAAUGAUGCAAUCUACUUGUUGUCUCCAACGCAAGUGACAAAAGUGAGCGCCAGAAGCGGUGCCGUUGAGAGUCUUGAGGACCUUCCGAGAAAAGCGGAGAAGUUAAUCAAGUUGUCUGUGGAUCUUUCGGAGGAACUUUUGGAAGAAGGAUUUGAACCAUACACAUUUGUUGUAAAGUCAGGCUCUACGAUCUUGCCCACUGAGCCUGGUAAGGCUAUCUCUCCCAACCAGUUUUAUCUUGAUCAGGAUGCACGCGAAUUAACUGCUUACAAGAUCGUCGAUGACAGGAUUACCGCCACAUGGUCGUAUUCAUUGCAAGAUGAGACUAUAUUGGCAUCUUCCAAAAACCAGGAUGUUUUACUGCCGGCCUCAGGCAUUGCAACAGCGAACAGAGCGGUGUUGUACAAAUACCUCAAUCCAAAUCUUGUUACAGUGGUGACACAGAAUAAAGCUUCUCAAAUCACUGUGCAUUUGUUGGAUGGAAUCACAGGUGCUGUUCUUCAUCUCCAAAAACAUGAAGAUCAACCCAUCGAUGCCUCCACUCUAAAGCUAGUGCAGAAUGAUAAUUGGGUGAUCUAUACUUAUGUGAAGAAAGAUGGCUAUCAACAAUAUGUUUCAGUCUUAGAUUUGUUCUCGACCGUUGAGAACGCUAGAGGAGGCAAAAAGUCUGCUUUCACAGAGUUUGACACCGAAAUUCACAAUAAAAUAGAGAUGCUUGCAUCAACAAGAACGAGAUUUGGUAUCACUGUUAAAUCGAUUGUAAUACUUACCGAGACAGGAAGCUUGGUUGAGAUUCCAAAGUUUGUUUUCAACUCAAGAAGAGUGGACGACCGUGCCUUGACACAGGAGGAUGCAAAGGAGUUCAAGAUGAUGCCUUACGAACCCUUGGUCGGAAAGCCAGAUUUGCAAGUGUUGAACAAGAAUGGAAACUUCAAAACAGCGAAGGGAAUAGGAUCGGUGUUGAUUCAACCAACAGAGAUGGAACUGACGAGCGUUAUUUGCUACAUUGAUACAUUUACGGAGUUCUGUACUGUCGUACAGCCUUCUCUGUCUUACGAUAUUCUCAAGUCGGGGUUCGAUAAGCACAAAUUGAUCGCUACCAUUGGCGUUUUGUACGCGGCAUAUAUUGCGACAAAACCAAUGGUGAGAUCAAAGAAGCUUAAUACAAAAUGGCUUGACUGA